AUGCAUGCACGUGGAAUCAUCAAUAAUGUACAAAGAAAAGUCAACACAGAUGCCAAGCAUUAUCGAAAGGCCCACCAUGUGGUGGAAGUUGUCAGCAUAGUCAUUGGGGAUCAGACAUGGCAGCGCAAGCUGCAUCAGCUUGAUGACAGAGAUAUCAGAGCCCUAUCGACAGCAGCAGUGAAGAUCAAGGAGUUCAAGAAGCACUGCAUGUCGAAUGGUGCAAAGCACGGGCAUGGGCCCAUCGAUGGUCUGAAGAGUUGGCUGGGCCUCAUAGGGAGAAAGCCUGCCAGCUCAGAUGAAUACCGUGAGGGCAUGGCUGUGUAUGCAUUUUGUCAAGCUGAGCUACAUACGUUGAUGGGCAAGUUCUGCGAGAAUUCAUGGAGGUGA